UGUCUUCUGCCGCAGAACCUGAGACCAUGGCCAACCCCGCGCAGGGCGCCAGGUACCGCGGCUCCGUCAGAGACUUCCCUGACUUCGACGCCGGCCAGGACGCCGAGGCGCUGUACUCCGCCAUGAAGGGCUUCGGCAGCGACAAGGAGGCCAUCCUGGAGCUGAUCACCUCCCGGAGCAACCGGCAGCGGCAGGACAUCUGCCAGAGCUACAAGUCCCUCUACGGCAAGGACCUCAUCGCCGACCUCAAGUACGAGCUGACCGGCAAGUUUGAGCGGCUGAUCGUGGGUCUGAUGCGGCCGCUGGCCUACUGGGACGCCAAGGAGAUCAAGGACGCCAUCGCGGGCGCAGGCACCGACGAGAAGUGCCUCAUCGAGAUCCUGGCCUCCCGGACCAACGAGCAGAUGCACCAGCUGGUGGCCGCCUACAAGGACGCCUACGAGCGGGACCUGGAGGCUGACAUCAUUGGCGACACCUCCGGGCACUUCCAGAAGAUGCUGGUGGUCCUGCUGCAGGUGGGCCCGGGCCCGGCGCCGCCCGCUGAGUGCCCCUGCUUCUUGCAGUUGAAGGGCACCGUGCGUGCUGCCGAGGACUUCAGCCCCGACGCAGACGCCAAGGCCCUGCGGAAAGCCAUGAAGGGCCUAGGUGAGGCCGGGGCGCAGCCUCGGGCAGGGGCUCCCCUGGCUCAGGGAGUUGGGCGGGGCCGUGGGCCUAGGGGUGCGGCCUGGCAGACGGGGCCACCGGUCCAGACCCCUCAGCGUGCCGAGCGGAGAGGCCCUGGCGGCCGGGCGUGUCCUGCCGGCUCGGCCACCGGCCGCUGGGUGCCCUCAACCGGCCGCGUCUCGGCCUGUCUCUGUCACCCCCAGGCAGGGAGAGCCGCUCUGCCGGGGACUCCCCUCGGGCCGGGGGAACACACUCGUGGCCCCCAGCCGUGGAGUCCGCCCCAGGAGCCCGGGUGCUGCCCAGGGCCUGGCCCCACCAGCCACGUGGAGCGACGUUCCUGUGGGCGGGGCGGGGCGGGACAGGCGGAGGCCGCAUGGCAGGGCCUUCCCGGCCUGGUGGCGGCGCCUUCCUGUGCGUGCGCACCUGCAGCCCCCCGUGACCUCCAGGGCGCCGGCACAGACGAACAGACUCUCAUCGAAAUCCUGGCCACUCGCAGCAACGCCGAGAUCCAGGCCAUCAACGAGGCCUACAAGGAGGGUGAGUGGGGCCGGGGCCAGGGGACGCCGGGUGCCCGCGGCCAGGCGCUGAGUCACAGCAGGACAGGGCUGGGCGCCGGCGGGUGCCCCACCGACCCCCGCCUCCCCGCAGUGCAGAGCGUCAGGAACAAGCCGCUGUUCUUUGCCGACAAGCUGUACCAGGCCAUGAAGGGCGCCGGCACGGACGAGAAGACGCUGACCAGGGUCAUGGUGUCGCGCAGCGAGGUUGACCUGCUCAACAUCCGCCGGGAGUUCGUGGAGAAAUACGACAAGUCCCUGCACCAGGCCAUCGAGGGCGACACCUCCGGAGACUUCCUGAAGGCCUUGCUGGCCAUCUGUGGCGGCGAGGACUAGCCUGCCCAGCGGCCGCUCUGCCCAGCCCCGGUCAGCAGCUCCGUCCGGCGGUGACCAGCCAGGAGCCCCUGUGACUGACGGGGCUCGUCCUCAGCAAGGCUGCAGGGAAGGCGCCGCCCUGCGGUCACCGGCCCGCGUCCAGUAGCUGGACACCACGCGGCGUCCGGCCACCCGCUCCCGCCCCUCCUGGCUUCCGCCCCUGCUCGGGCUCUGUCAUAUCCAAGACCACACUGAGCCUCUGAA